AUGUCCGGUCUUGCCUCUGUCGCCAACCCGCUCGAUCCCAACCCGACCGCCAUCCAGGUCUACUAUGCCACUCAAGAUAAGAACCUCGCCAUGCAAUUCAAACCCAGUGGCGCGACGCGGAUCAACCCUGGCGUAUACCACCCCGCCGCCAACGACUACCCAGGCUACAUUUCCAGUCCGUCCCAUCUGGCCGUGGGAUACUUUCAAGGCGCUCAGUUCGUAGUCGGCUACACGAAGCCUAAAACAACGGAGCUUAAACCAAAGGGAACGGGUGAAGCAGAUUCGACGGAUGGAAAUUCCGACCGGGCAGAAACGGAAAAUAUCAGUAUCAUCAGUCCGGUUUACGAACCUAUUAUCUUUGGUGUAGGGCUGGGCAAGAGGGCUCUCACAUUUACUGCGAACAACGACAUCGCGUCCAUCUGGUAUCUGAACAAAGAUGACAAAAAUCGAAUUGUUCUGCAAGAGUACAAACUCAACGAAAGAAUCCCAGCCAACGACGCGAAAAUGAGCAACAUCGACCCCUCAUCUUCUUUAGCGGGCUAUAUCGCAGGUGACGAUGUGUUUGUGAUCUAUCAGACCCCGGCCAAAGACCUUUUCGAGUACAAGUCUGGCGAAGAUUGGUCUCAAAUUGGCACCGUAGCUGCCCCUGCGCCGCAAACCACCCUGGCUGUCAACUACGUUGAAGAAAAGAAAACAGCCUACCUUUACUACCGAACGGAAAAGGGAGAGCUCUACCGCAUGGCCAGAAAGGUGGAUGGAAAAUGGAGCGAUACGAAGAAGAUCAACACCAAAAGCGUCGCGGUGGGUCCGACCAGCCAGUUGGCUGUCGUCUAUUCGAACGGCAUCAACCAUAUCUACUGGGUUCCCGAGAAAAGAAAGGACCCCAUGGCGGCUACAGACGACCUGAAGUAA